AUGACGGAAGGUAGUGGUGAUAAAUUGACUGUCCAUUAUCCUGUACAAAGUCCUCCUCUUGGCGCUAUUGUAGUAUUUUGCAUCUCAAAGUAUCUAGAGAAGGAGAGUAAUCUCCUAGUGGAUUUUCUGCUUGAUAAUAAACUAUCUAACAACCAAUUUUUACUGAAUAAUACGCCUUGCAACGAAGUCGAACUGCUAACAUCGUUAUGCCAAAAGCUCCCUCACUGUGAAAAGCUUUUGGAUGCCGACAAAUCCGAAUUGACAUUUUGGUUAGAUAAUUUUACAACUGAAAAGAAAGCGUUAUCGGAAAAAAAGCAGGUGCAUCCUUUGGGCGAAGAAUAUCUAGGAAGAAUGAAUACUCAUCUGACAUACAGAACAUACAUCAUUGGUUAUCGCCUAUCACUUGCUGACAUUUUACACUACAGUCUUGUAAGAAGAUUUUCUGACUUGGAUGCUCACAAAUCAAAGUUUCCACACCUUGCGAGGUGGUAUAAAUUCGUCUCAAAUUCUCCUGGUAUAUCCAUCAUCUUGAUUUAUAUGACAAUAUUAGGUAUAUCCACAGGACUAGGGUCUUUAGAGGGGAUAAUCAACAAACAAGUCUUUAGGAAACCAUUCACAAAACAAGAACAGCAAGACAAUUCAUACAAGGGUGUUUUAAAGGAUGCUAUAGAGGGUCAUGUUGUCACGAGGUUUCCACCAGAACCAUCAGGAUAUUUGCAUAUUGGUCAUGCCAAGGCAGCUUUGCUGAAUUAUUAUUUUGCCCGGAAAUACAAUGGCAAAUUACUCGUACGAUUUGAUGAUACUAAUCCAUGUAAGGAGAAGGAUGAGUACGUAGAAUCCAUCCUGGAAGAUCUGGGCAAGCUUGAAAUUGAAUAUGAUGAGUUGAGCUACACAUCCGACUACUUUGACACAUUUCAAGAAUAUGCCAUACAGCUCAUUAAGGAUGGCCAUGCAUAUUGCGAUGACACUGAUGUGGAAACUAUGCGUAAGCAAAGAGGUGAAGGAAUAGAAUCACCGGCCCGCAACAAUAGUGUUGAGACUAACUUGCUAUUGUUUCAAGAAAUGAUGAAAGGUAGUGAAGUCGGUGUUAAAAACUGUUUGAGGGCUAAAAUGGACAUGAGCAGCAAAAAUAAAUCAUUGAGAGACCCAGUAUUUUAUCGUUGUAUCGUUGACGUUCCACAUCAUAGACAGGGAACAAAGUACAAGAUCUAUCCAACAUAUGAAUUCGCAUGCCCAAUUAUAGAUUCUCUACAGGGAGUUACACAUUCAUUGCGUACAAAUGAAUAUUCUGACAGAAUUCCACUUUAUAAAUGGGUUUUGGAAAAGUGCAAUAUGAGGCAUGUGGAAAUAUAUGAAUUUAGCAGAAUGAAUUUUGUAAAAACUACUUUGUCUAAGCGUCGAUUGCGAUGGUUUGUUGAUAAUGGUAUUGUAACAGGAUGGGAUGAUCCACGCAUGCCCACUGUAAAAGGUAUAUUGAGGAGAGGCCUAACAGUCAAGGCUCUCCUGGAUUUUGUAUUGGAGCAGGGUCCAUCUAAAUCCGUGAACUUGAUGGAAUGGGAUAAAUUGUGGGCAAAAAACAAGCAGAUCAUAGAUCCUAUAGUUCCAAGGUAUGCUGCUGUUGGCACUGAUUAUGUCGUUCUUAAAUUAACAAACUUUUCUGGAAAUGAUACUUCUAAAAGGGCACUUCAUCCAAAGAAUGCAGAAUUGGGAGAAUGUGAUAUUUGGUUUACAGAUUCAGUUUUGAUUGAAAAAGCUGAUGCAGAACUAAUUGAGAAUAAUGAAGAAAUAACUCUCAUGAGAUGGGGAAAUGCCUUUGUCAAUACUGAGACAUGGGAGGCUGCUUUGAAUCCAUCUGGAAACUUUAAAUCAACCAAGAAAAAACUGCACUGGCUACCAAACUUGCCUGGGCAGCUUGUACCAUGUACACUGACGGAAUACGGUUAUUUAAUAACUGUGGAUAAAAUAGACGCUCAGCUUCUGACAGAUGACGACAGUAUACGGGCAUUCCUAGAACCACAAACCGAAUGGGUUACCGAGUGUUUGGGAGAAGCUAACUUGAGACACUUGAAAGAAGGUGAUAUGCUCCAACUAGAAAGGCGUGGGUAUUACAUAUUGGAUAAGGUUUCAGAUGAUGGAAAGAUGACCUUUGUUCAGAUUCCGGACGGAAAAGUGAAAAAGACCCAAGGAAAGAGUUCUUAA